GUUCGGUACUGGAGAAAGUGAUUGUGGGAUUCACGCAGAUAAUUGUUUUGGUCAGAAUAAGAAUAGAUACGUACUAGCCUACUUGUCAUGGCGUACGAUGAUUGGAUCACAUAGAAAUAUCAAAUACAUGAUGCAGUUACCAGGACAUACAAGGUGCUUGAUCGACGCGGGAUUUGGAACGAUAAAGAAGUUGUAUCGGCGUUCAAAUUGUGAUACUCUCCAACACGUGACGGAAGUAGUACUGAAGUCAGCACACAGUAAUGUUCCCGUUACUUAUGGUGAAUGGAUGUGGAAAGGCUGGAAGGUGUUCCUCGCAGACAGAUUCAAAAAAGUGCCGAACAUCUCAAAAUAUCACCACUUCCGUUUCACGUCACUCGAACCCGGUAUAGUUUACAUGAAGGUAGCUGCAGAUGAUACUUAUGAAAUACGAUUUGUAAUUUGUAAGACGAACUAUCUACAAAUGGAUAGAAAUGACUUUCCAUCUGUCAUACAUCCUGCAGGAUUAAGCCGGGAACGUCAGACGUACUUGUACCGUCACGUCAGACCACUUGUGAGACGCCCGUUCCAAGAUGUUCUUUGCCCAGUUCCCCCGUCAAGCGAUGGGCAGUGAUUAGUUAUACAAAUUUCUAUACACUAGUUCCUAAAGUAUCAAGUGACAAGGAUAUAUUUAAGCUGGUGUAUCUCAUGAUAAACUUACUAUUCUGUGUACAGUGGUGGUUUUGAGUAUUUACUGUUGUGCUUCUACGAUCACAGCGUUUUCGUAGUAACUGA